AUGCGUCUAAAAAUCGCCGCGGAUGCCCUCCGUUGCAAGGCCUUCCCCAUGUUUCUGAAGGGUAAGGCCCGGCUCUGGUUCCAGGGCCUAGCGCCGGGGUCUAUCCGGAAUUUCACCGAACUGGCCAGACAGUUCGCCGCCCAGUUCGUCUCCUCGAAGACUUAUUCGAAAAACGCGGCCCACCUGAUGGCCGUCAAGCAGAAGCCGGACGAGUCCCUAAAGAAUUUCAUGACGCGCUUCAACACGGAAAGCCUGCAGAUUAGGGAUAAGGAUGAAAAGGUGGUCAUGGCUGCCUUCAUGAACGGGUUAAGGGUAGAGGAGCUCUACUACAAGCUUGUCGAACAGCCCCCCAAGAAUCUGGGAGAGCUCUUGACCAGGGCUCACGCCGCCGCCAACGCAGAAGAGGCUUGCCGCCUGAAGCGAGAGUCAGAUCGGGAGCUCGGAGAUCGGAGAGGACGGGGAAACCCUUCUGAGAGUAGAGAUGUCCCGGCCAAGAAGAAUGUGUUUGACCGGCUCUCGAAGGAAAAAGUCCCUGCUCCGCCACCGAUUCCGGAAAAAGGCUAUACACCCCUAACUCGACCCAGGGCCCAGAUCCUGGCUGUCAUGGAGACAGAGGGCCUGGGAGACCGGCCGUCCAAAAUGGGCACACCUAGGAAUAAGAGGAACCAGGAUCGGUACUGUGCCUUCCACAGGAACGUCGGGCAUGACACCGAGGGGUGUUGGGCCCUAAAGAAAGAAAUCGAGGACCUUGUCCAGCGCGGCUACUUGGGGCGGUUUGUGCGGUAA